AUGGAAAUUUUAAAUUUUCCAAAAUCACCAGAAAUCCAUCGCGUUUACGGGGGAAAACCACGUCGUCUCAUUGACACACUAAAAAAUAUUUUCAAAAAGUCGAAAAAAAAUGGCAACUCGCUUGAAAAUGAAAUAACACCCGAGUCAACAAAACUAAACACUCUUCUCGAAUCACUGUCAUACAUAAUUGAUCCUGGCGCAGAAGACCAACAUUAUUUAGCCAAAAUAGAAACAUGUAUUCAGGCAACUACAUCGAAUCGCAAAACAUUAUCUCGAGUAUAA